UCGCCGCGCUCGCCCUGAAGCCCGGGCCCCCGCGCGCACCGGCUGGCCCCGCAGCCUCGUCCCCCGGCCGCCCCGGCCCGCGGUAGAGCUGUCACGAUGCAGCCGCCCGCACCCUCCCGCCUGAGGCUGCUGCUCCUGCUGCUCCUGUGUCCGGCGCACGUCGGCGGACUGUGGUGGUUAUGCGCCCAAUCCAGGUCACCAAGGAAUUGGCAGAUGGUCUCAGGAGCAGCAAAGACCCGCCCGGAAUAGUUGUGUUUAGAGAGGAGGGACUUGGACAAUACCGCUGGUGCAUCAGCCAAUCGGCCGUGGGCAGCCCCUUGGUCAUGGACCCUACCAGCAUCUGCAGGAAGGCACGGCGGCUAGCAGGGCGGCAGGCUGAGUUGUGCCAGGCCGAGCCGGAAGUUGUGGCCGAGCUGGCGCGCGGCGCCCGGCUAGGGGUUCGAGAAUGCCAGUUCCAGUUCCGCUUCCGCCGCUGGAACUGCUCCAGCCACAGCAAGGCCUUUGGGCGCAUCCUUCAGCAGGACAUCCGGGAGACAGCCUUCGUGUUUGCCAUAACGGCCGCGGGCGCCAGCCACGCGGUCACGCAGGCCUGCUCCAUGGGCGAGCUGCUGCAGUGUGGCUGCCAGGCGCCUCGCGGCCGGGCCCCGCCCCGGCCUCCCGGCCUGCCAGGUACCCCUGGGCCCCCGGGCCCCGCGGGCUCCCCCGACGGCAGCGCCGCGUGGGAGUGGGGAGGCUGCGGCGACGACGUGGACUUCGGGGAUGAGAAGUCGAGGCUCUUUAUGGACGCGCAGCACAAGCGGGAACGCGGAGACAUCCGUGCGUUGGUGCAACUUCACAACAACGAGGCGGGCCGGCUGGCCGUGCGGAGCCACACGCGGACCGAAUGCAAGUGCCAUGGCCUGUCGGGCUCAUGCGCGCUGCGCACCUGCUGGCAGAAGUUGCCCCCAUUCCGCGAGGUGGGCGCGCGGCUGCUCGAGCGCUUCCACGGCGCCUCGCGUGUCAUGGGCACCAACGACGGCAAGGCUCUGCUGCCCGCUGUCCGCACGCUCAAGCCGCCGGGCCGCGCUGACCUACUGUACGCCGCCGACUCGCCCGACUUCUGCGCCCCCAACCGGCGCACCGGUUCGCCGGGCACGCGCGGCCGCGCCUGCAACAGCAGUGCCCCGGACCUCAGCGGCUGCGACCUGCUGUGCUGCGGCCGCGGCCACCGCCAGGAGAGCGUGCAGCUCGAGGAGAACUGUCUGUGCCGCUUCCACUGGUGCUGCGUAGUGCAGUGCCACCGCUGCCGCGUGCGCAAGGAACUCAGCCUCUGCCUCUGACCCGCAGCCCGGCUCCCCAGACUGCGCGCAGAGCCGCCUCUCGGCACCUGCGGGACCUCUGGGCGCCAGCAGGGGGCGGUGCCAGCUUUCCCCUGGGAAAGUCCAUCUCCCAGGCCUCUCUGGAAACUGUGAGGCGGUGGGGCUUGAGAUAUACGCCCGCUCAUCAAGGCCCAGGGCACCGGAAGAGCCUCCAAGGGGCGCUCCCGGGGGCUUCUGGGGGAGACUAUACAGACCUUCUCUCUCCUCGGCCCCCAGAUAGAAACCAAAGAGCCAGUUUCUAGGCCUCGGGAUGCGGGGCUCCUCCGAACUGCUGGCCAUGGGGUGGG